AUGAAUGCCGAUUACUGUAUUCGCGGUUACAUCCCCGUAGCCAUGAAAGCAGUUUUGGGAUCAGAUGGCAUUUUUGAGGUUUUGUCUGAUGAUGAAGUCGUCAGCCUCAUUCUCUCUCGCCUGCCUCCAACCCCCUUGGAGGCGUCUCAGUUGGUGGUAGAUGAAGCGGUGGCUCGGGGGGAGGAACAGCAAGCAGCACAGGCGGCUGAUAGUACCUCCAAUACAAACAGACAGCAGAAUGCUGACAGCAGCAGCAGCGGCAGCAGCAGCAGCGGCAGCAGCAGCAGCGGCAGCAGCAGCAGCGGCAGCAGCAGCAGGGAGGAUAGAGAAGCCGCUCACGCGGCGGGCUCAUCGAAGUCAGGUUCCAUAGACAGUGCUGACUUGCGUCGAGAAGCACCAUCAGCAGCAACAGCAGCAGCAGCAGCAGCAACAGGAGAAGCAGCAGCAGCAGAAGACGCAGCAAAGUCUGAGAAGCCCGAAGGCAAGAACAUUCGAAUGAGCGGCAUAGAAGAAAUAGCAGGCAUAACAAGCAACAUAGACGUGGAGGCCCUCAUCCGCAAGCGCAAGAGGGAGCAGCAGAUGGAAGCUGAAGCAGCAGCAGCAGCAGCAGCAGCUGCUGCUGCUGCUGCAGAAGAGCAGGAUGACUUUGAUAUGUUUGGCGCGGCAGAUUGA